AUGGUUUCAUUUGUUUUCAUGCAUUGUGUAAUUGAGGAGCUAAUAAAUUUCAAAGUGGAUUCGGACGGUGGAGGAAAUUGGUUUGAAGAGCAGGGUCAAACAGCAGAGGAAGAGCAGCAGAUACAGCAUCUUCAACAACAACUUCACCAGUUACAUCAACAACAGUUGCAACUGCAACAACAUCCGUUACAACACAAUUACCACAUACAAGACGCAAAUCCAGGCCAACAGCGCACCUUUCGUCACCCAAACCAUCAUCAGCAAACCCCUGGUUCCUCAUCUCAACAACAUAGGUGUACUCAGUGCAACCAGCAACCACAGCGUUUUCAACCACUUAAACGUUGGCGUUUGAAGCGUCAGCGGCAACAACAUCUGCAACAGCGUCAACGACAACAGCAGCCACAACAACAGUGUCAGCAGUGUCAACAACAGCCGCAACAACAGCGUCAACAACAACAGCAGCCACAACAACAUCGGCAACAGCGUCAACGACAACAACAGCCACAACAACAGUGUCAACGACAACAACAGCCACAGUGUCAAAAGUGUCCACAACACCAGCAACCGUAUCAACAACAACUUCAGCCACAACAACCACAACCUCCACAUUUGUUGUUGACAGCUCUUAAUGAACUAUCAAAAAAAGGAAUUCCAAGUAAUUAUUCACAAAUCAAAGUAGCUUGUAAACAAUCCUGCUGUACUGAUCCACUGUCGGCCAACAGUAGCGUAAAACCAGCCACCAUCCCGGUUGCAAAUUUUUCUGUUCAGAAACUGAUAAAUUGUGGCAAGCUAUCUCCGGCAGCUGACCAGCUAGAGUCUUCAAGCCCUGCACCACAAAUUAGUGAGUGCAUUCUUUUAAAGCAAACUAACGAAGGCUUAUUUGAACAAGUAAGUCUUCCACGUCAUUUCGUAUCUUCUCCUCGAUACUCUUAUAAAACUCAACAACAAGACUUCCCAAACUAUACCUCAACAAAAGAACAACAACAUUAUUUAGAAUUACAAUCUAAUCCUUGUCCUUGCCAUCAAGGGCAACACUUCAUACAAGGCAUUCAACCUCAUCAGUAUUACACCAGCAAUCCAAACGCGUCGUCGCAAUUAUUCUCACUGCCAUCAUCUCUUCGUUGUCCCGUCCAUGGAUUCAAGAGGCACAAAAACAACAACAACAACAACGACGACGACACAAACAACGACGGCGACAGUGUAGAUUCUGAUAUUUUUGUUGAUGAGACAUCUGAGACUGUUGUCACAUCUGCACUCUCAUUUGCUGCUCAUGAAAUUGUUCCUUCUUGCUCUCUAACUCCAACGGACAUUGUAUCAACAGUUUCGUUGCCUGCUACUGCACAAACAACUACUCCUUCGACGAGAUAUGAGUAUACAUCAACUACAUAUGCAACAACAACAACUCAUACAUCAACUACAUAUGCAACAACAACAACAACAAUAGAGACAUCAGAAACAUUUAAAUUUUCAAAAGUAUCAUUCAAACCUGCCGUUUAUUUCCAAGUUUCUUUUGAUAAUAAUCUAGAUGAUAUGAAUGGCCAUUACUAUCAGGAUAAACUGGAUCAAAAUGAUAAUGCUGGUGAUGAAAUCAUUUCAUCAUCUCUAACAUCUUUUGAAGGUGGAGAGUCAUCAUCUUUUUCUAAUAAGGAAGAUGGUGAACUCAAAGAUGGUGAUCUCAUCAAAACAUUCAGCAUUCAACUUUCAAGUCAAACAUCUCCUGAGAGAGAUCUGCAAGUGAAAACUGACCAACACCCAAGUAUGCAACAACAACAACAACAGCAGCAACCGCAAAAUCUUCAACGUCAAUCACGUGAGUCACAGAAUGACUCGAUGAACUUUCAUAAAGAUUCGAAUCUAGAAAACAAAGAAUCAGCAAGUCAAUUGAAAACAUCUAACGCCAUAGUCACUACGACAAAAAUGACUCCUGAACAAAAAGCUGGCAUGACAUUCACCAUUGACUUUGGCAGUGGAGGUGCUGAUCGACCCGAGAUAACUGACAGCUGGAAAAAAUUGGUUCCAUACAAAGUUCACCAAGGUAGUUAA